AUGGGGGUUUCACGAGGGAUUAGAACAACUUUUUUGACAUUGACAUGGUUUCCUGUGCUAUAUUCGUUUACAAAUCACGUAUAUCAACCAUAUCAAGUAACGGGAUCCUCGAUGUCUCCAACAUUCAAUCCCCGAACAUCAAAUAUGAGUAAUGAUAUUGUAUUAGUACAGAAAUUUAAUGUUAAGAGUCCUAAUUCAUUGUCAAAAGGUGAUAUAAUAAUGUUUAGAUCACCAAAAGAUCCAGAAAAAUUAUUGACAAAGAGAAUUGUUGGAACGCAAGGUGAUGUGAUCCGACCUAAAUCUCCACCAUACCCGAAAUCAGAAGUGAAAAUUCCAAGAAAUCAUCUUUGGGUUGAAGGUGAUAAUAGUUUCCAUUCAAUAGAUUCGAAUAAUUUUGGUCCAAUUAGUCAAGGAUUAGUUGUGGGGAAAGUCAUAUCAGUAAUUUGGCCAUUAAACAGAUUUGGAACAGAUUUAGAAAGGCAAUUAUAA